AUGAGGUUGCUUUUGUCUGCUGCUUUGCCGGCUUUUGCGGCUGCAGCAUUGUCCUCGCCGUCCGUCACGAUCGAUGCUGGCGUCCUUCAGGGUGGAAAGUGUAAAGAUGGACAAGAUGCAGUCUUUUACAAGGCAAUCCCUUAUGGUGAGCCUCCAGUUGGAGACCUACGUUUCGAGCCUCCAAAGGCCUAUACGAAGAAAUUCUCUGAAGGCGGACUAAAUGCAACCACUUCGGCUCCCACCUGCCUUCAGUACUCGGACGAUUUUACUCCCAAGUUAACUACAUCUGAAGACUGUCUUUAUCUGGACGUCUGGGUCCCAUCUCAUGCCACCAAAGACUCGAAGCUUCCAGUAAAAGUUUGGAUUUACGGUGGUUCAGAGACAGAAGGCUCUGUCUCGGAUCCUCUAUACGAUGGCUGCAACACCGCAGAGGAAGGUUCGAUUCUGGUAACAGUCAACUACAGACUUGGCCCUCUAGGUUUUAUGGCACUCAACAGUGCCGGCAUAUAUGGUAACCAGGGAAUCCAAGAUCUUAUUCUUGGAUUAGAAUGGGUUCAAAACAAUAUUGCCGCAUUUGGCGGAGACCCGAAAAAAGUGCUUUUAUUCGGACAAUCAGCCGGUGCCGAGGACGCAUAUAUCAUUGCCUCUAUUCCCCAAGCCCCUUCUCUCAUAAGCAGCGUUAUCUCGGAGUCAGGCGGUGGUAGAAGCCUCGUCUCUAACUCAACUACACAAAGUGUUGGAGCGUCAUAUGCCAAGGCCCUUCAAUGCAGUUCUACGGACAAAGCUUGCCUGCAGUCCAAAACUGCCGCCGAGUUGAGCAAGGCGUAUACAGCCGAUACCUUCCUAUACGAGGGAGUUGGCUACUAUGGUCCUCUCGGUGUCACUGGCCCUAUAACACAUUCGUUCUACCCCUAUGCAGACGGCAAUGUCAUCCCUGAGGACCCUUAUACUAGUGGAGUGAAAGUUCCGGCAGUCUUUGGAUACAAUGAAAAUGAAGGUAUCGUUUACGCCAUCGACUGGGUCGAGUCGAGCGGCAAAACUCCAUCCCCAUCGGCAUACAAGGAUUUCCUUCGCAAAAACUUUGGAAAUGCUGCUUCGCUUGUUGGGAAAUACUACGAUCUAUCCUUAUUCGAGGCCGCUAUCAGUGGCUCAUCCGCCCUCAAGGACAUCUCUGCCUUGGGCAUCAACAAGACCGAGGUGGCUGUGAUUGUGGCCAUAGCUAACGUCAUCACCGACUCGACAUAUAAGUGCCCAGCAUACCACGGUGCGGCGCAAGCCUCACUCAAUAAUAUCCCUGCAUGGACCUACGAAUUCACCCACAAUUCAACUUGUAUAUGGCUAGACACGAUCCCCCAGGAGUACGUCUCUCUCUUCGGUGCCACGCACACUGCCGAAAUCCCAUUCGUCUUUGGUAACCUGGACAACGGCUAUCUGCCCAACGGGACUUGCAAUUCCACGGCAUCCGAGUACGAGCUCAGCAAGCAGAUGAGGAGCCUAUGGACAGCAAUGGCCGAAAACGCCGACCCGUCGACCAAAGACAUCAAUUGGCCGCGAUUCAAAACCACAGCUAAGAACCUCACGACCCCCGGGUUGAUCUUUGGAAAAUCAGCGGAGGCUGGUCUGGUUGAUUACACAGGCUGUACACUGUGGAGUGAAGUCAACGCCAUCCUGUCAGCACCCAAUGCUACUAAUACUACUACUACAUUACCCUCGGGAACGCCGACCCCUAGCAGUGGAAUUCUACCGGCCACGUCGACGCCUGCUUUGACCGACGGUGCAGUGAAUGUUCUGCCCACAACAGGCGGUUUCCUUGCCUUCACUGCGCUGCUGAUGGGAUUGGCUGUAUUUUUAUAG